GGGGGGAAUGUUUUGGAACCUUGAACGAAACUGCAGAUGUUUUCUAGAGUUUUCACGCGCGCCGUGACUUCGCCGUUUGAUAUCGCGCGUCUCGUACUCCACUACGACAAAAACUAAACGAAACGCCGAAAAAUGGGGACUGACGGAAACUGGCCCAGGCGCAAGCUCAAGUGUGCGAGUCAGGCGGAAAUAUUGCGAUCGCAUCAACGAGAUGACGACUUCGUGAAAUACCUGCGGGACAAGCUGUCCGAGGUAUCGGCGAAUCUCGGAGUGCACAGAACUUCGUUGGCUCAGCUGAUCCGGUCGGACGUUCCGUACAAAUUGCUGUAUUUCGCCUUCACGUCGGGCAUGGGCAAUCAGACGCUGGGCGAGGAGUACACCGGCAUAGUGCAGGCCAAUUUGGAGCAACGCAGAGUCCCGACGUUAACUGUGAGAGUACUGGCUGCAAUUUUAGAAUGCCUCGGCGAGAGAAUGUUGCUCAAAUUACUGCGACAGUUGCAAGCGUACGUGAAUCAUCCCCGUAGCGAGUUGACGCCAGCGGCAACAACGUUUCUAAAUACCUUACUGUCCAAGCUGCGCACGAUGAUACCCAUAGUUGUGUUAUUCCACAAAGGGUUAUUUUACAUUUAUGGUAGAUAUUACAGCCUGGGUAAGAGAGUUGCCGGAUUAGAUUAUACAAAGGUAUAUGGCCCCCGACCGAUGGACACUGUCAGCUGGGGAUUGAGAUUAUUAGGUGUCGCUACUCUAAUCCAGUGUCUGUUGAGAAUUUGGCAGAGUGGCGCAGUGCAAGAUACCGCUGCUGUAAAUAUACCAAGUGUUAAAUGCAGCGGUCACAAUUGUCAAUUGUGCCUCGAGGCAACAGCAACGACCGCGACGCUGUGCGGUCAUCUGUUUUGCUGGAACUGUCUUAGCGAGUGGUUACGUGUCAAACCAUAUUGUCCAUUCUGUAGGGAGUACGUACCACCAUCGAGAAUCGUCCAUGUGAUGAAUCUGUAAUUUUCUGUGAUAUAAUAGAUUAUAUUCCUUGAACACAUACAUAA